AACUUCCUUCCUUACUUCCAACUCGACUGAGGCAGCUGGUGGAAACCAUUUCGCAAUUGCGGAGAGUACACUCCCAAUGAGGGAGAAAAAUGUCAUGAGAAAGUGAGAGAACAAUUGAAAAACGAAGAAAAACUAUUUGUAUACGCCUGGUAAAAGCACAGUAGUUAUUGCGCUGAUAAUGUUCGGUCCAGCUUCCUGAGGCACCAGGAUAUGUCUUGGGGCUGCUCUAUGGAACCCGUCAUGAGCUCAUACAGGAGAAAGUAACUAGAAGGGGAACGCUGAAGAAAAACGUACUAUUCUAAGGGAAAAAAAGACAUGUACAACUGUCUGUUUCUCUCAUUGACCUGUCUAUGCAUUCUCCCGGGUUAUGAUGCAGAGGAGUGUGUGACUUCUGUCUUGGCAAAGAGAAGUUCUGUUAACGUACCAAAGGGGGGCACUCUUUCCCUAUCCUGUGUUGUUCAGCAUUGUGGAGAUGAUGGCUGGACAGGAGGAUGGGGUCUGUCAACAGAGGGACAGUUCCUUCUCUUUAGUCCCACUCCAAGGCAUCAUCUCUCCAACGUCACGUUGACAACCAAUAGAACCUGUCUGCUCAUGGACAUCCUCAACGUCAACCAAUCAGAUUAUGGAAUGUACCAAUGCCAGAUCACCUGGGUUGAGGGAUACACCAGCGUUGGACAUAUGACGCAUGUGAACAUUACUAAAGCCAUACCACCCACAUCCGUGUGGAAGGGCUAUUCCCGGGUGGUGGUGUAUGUAAGUAUCUGUUUGGUAAUCACCCUGGUUUUGGUUCUGGGUCUGGCUUGCUAUAUAAGGUCAAAGGUCCCCUCUCAGCCCCCACCAAUACCACCACCUAACCCCCCACCACGCUCCCGAAGCGCACGCAAGGACAAGCCCCCCACACCCAAGCCUAAACCAAAGAUAGAGUUGGUCUAUGCAGCUCUUUCAAAGGGCUGCCUUGAACAGCCGAAUCCUAAUCCUCAACGAGAAGCUGCACAGCCUACAGUCUACUCCUCUCUCCGCUUCUCCUGACCAGGGGAAGUUCGGGGGGGGGGGGGGGGCCUAAAUG